CUGAAGACUGUUGUCAAGUCUGGAGAAGAGGGCAGGAAACCUAUCCUCUGUUUGGAUGAUUGUUAGGGAAGAGGGAAGGGGGGGGAUCAAAAUCACAAAACCCACUAAUUAUCUUCGUUUGAUUUCGAAGUCUCCAAUUCUCAGAGUGCCCCCUGGUCAGGAUGGCAGACUUGCCUCGUUAUGUGGGAGCUUGCUUGCAGUCUGGGAAACUUGCCAUGCUAGCAAUUCUUGUAUCAGGAGGAAUUGUAUUGCAAAUUCUGGCAUGUGCCCUAUACAAUAAUUGGUGGCCUAUGUUGACAGUAUUGAUGUAUGUUCUUCUACCAAUGCCUUUAAUCUUCUUUGCUGGGUCUGACACUUCUUCUCUCUAUUCCGAGUCAAGCAGUGGUUGGAUAGAUGCAACUAAGUUCCUGACUGGUGCUUCAGCAGUUGGCAGCAUUGCUAUACCGGUUAUUCUCAAGCAUGCUGGUGUAAUUGGUUGGGGAGCAUUAGCAAUGGAGCUUUCAUCCUUUUUCGUAUUUGUUGUUGCCAUUUUAUGUUACCUUGUGACAAAUGAGGAUGACAGGUACAGUACGUUCUAAAGUAAACAACUGGAAGCCAGCUGCUUUCUGUUGUGCCGGUUUACAAUUGUGGUUGGUUUUUCCUAUGUGUUCUUCUCUUGUAAAUGUAUAAACGUUCAGUGUGAAGUUCAUCAUCUAUUACCAAAAGGAAAAGAAUAGGGAGGAGUGAGGAGAGGGGAAUGAUGAUGUCCAAUUUAGUCAUGUGUGUAUUAUUCGGAAUAUAUAUGUAAAAUUCGAAAUAUUGAUUGGUUAUUUACUGUGUAGCUUAAUGAACGAUGAAGUUGAGUAAGAUGGCGUGAACAUUUGUAAGGAAUAUAAAUGGAAGGAAAGGCAGAUGAGUUGCAA